AUGGUCCGAAAUGCAUAUGUAAGUGUUGAGCAAAUUACUGGAAUAUUCGACAGGCUCGGUCGCUGGCCUUGGUUGCAGGCCUCGGUCGCAGGACUCGGUCGCAGGCCUCGGUUGCAAGCCUCGGUCGCAGACCUCGGUCGCUGGCCUUGGUUGCAGGCCUCGGUUGAGGACUCGGUCUCAGGCCUCAGUUGCAGGCCUUGGUCGCAGACCUCGGUCGCAGGCCUUGGUCGCAGACCUCGGUCGCAGGCCUCGGUUGCUGGCCUCGGUUGCUGGCCUCGGUUGCAGGCCUCAGUUGCAGGCCUCGGUCUCAGGCCUCAGUUGCAAGCCUUGGUCGCAGACCUCAGUCGCAGGCCUCGGUUGCUGGCCUCGGUUGCAGGCCUCGGUCUCAAGCCUCAGUUGCAGGCCUCGGUCUCAGGCCUCAGUUGCAAGCCUUGGUCGCAGACCUCGGUCGCAGGCCUCGGUCUCAGGCCUCAGUUGCAAGCCUUGGUCGCAGACCUCGGUCGCAGGCCUCGGUUGCUGGCUUCGGUUGCAGGCCUCGGUCUCAGGCCUCAGUUGCAAGCCUUGGUCGCUUCAGAUAUCCCCCCACCCCUUCUCCAUUUCGUGGAACCUGUCUUGAUUCCAUCUCUCAAGUUCUUUCUCUCUCACUCUUUCUCUCUCUCUCUCUCUCUCUCUCUCUCUCUCUCUCUUUCUAGCGUUCUUUAUUUUCAGGAGAUAGACGAUGAUCCCUCUCAGCUUCCUUUAUGUUGUUGCUUCCAACAAUGCUCCUUUACAACACCUGUUUUCAUCCCUCUGUUCCUCCGAUCAAACUUGUUAAGUAGGUUUUGGUUUGAACUCCAAUUCUCCUGUUUCCGAUGGACGCUAUGA